AAAAAUGCGAGUACAGCGACAAAACACUUAGGAGUGCGUGUGUCAGAAAUAGGAAAGUGGCACAACGGAAACACGCCGGUGCUACUUGGGAAUUCAUAAUUUAGGUACUGACUGUAUUAAACCCGCACAAGACAGGAGACAUAACACAGCAGAGAGAGAGGGCGAGCUAGCAGAGAGCAAGGAGGCAGUGGAAUGGCAUCUCCCCAGCCCAUUAAAGGUAUUCUGAAAAACAAGAGAGACCGGACUUGCGCCAAGGCCGAGCCUGAGGAAAAGCCGGCGGUAGAGAAACGGGAGAGAGAGGCUCCAGAACCCGGCGAAGAGGACCAGCAAAAGAAGUCGCAAAAAUGGGAUGAAAUGAACAUCUUGGCUACCUACCACCCCGCAGAUAAGGAUUAUGGCUUGAUGAAAAUCGAUGAGCCCAGCACACCUUACCACAGAAUGGUAGGGGAUGAUGACGAAGGGGCUGUGAGUGAUUCGGAAUCAAACGAAGCAAUCGCUGCUGAUGAUUUGGCGCAGAAGCUGGCGGCAGCAGAAGGCAAAGAUCCCAAAAUUUUCAUGCAGGAGGAGGAAGAGAGCAGCGAGGAAGAGGAUGAGGAGCUGUCUCCGGAAGAAGAAGCGAAAAAGAAUGAGUUUGAAAUGAAGAGGAAAAUGCACUAUAAUGAAGGCAUGAACAUUAAACUGGCGAGACAGCUGAUAGCUACCGAGCUGCAGGAAGAUGAGGAGGAGGAAGAAGAGGAUUAUCGGGACGAGGAGAUGAAGGAUGAGACAGAAACGGAGGACAUAACCAUAGACCCUCCACAAGGUGUAAUUAUUGAAAGCCAGGAACUAGAAUCGCAGGAUUCCUAGAAGAGGGGUGGGGGGGGUUGGGGGGGGAGUCUUGGAGCCAGCUCUGGUCUAACAACCGCAGCAUCGCGUCAGGGAUGCAAGCAGUAGUUGCUUCAGAGCUGGGUCAAAGAACACACUGCUGCUCCACAGCUACGCCAUUCACAUCUGUAUUUGUGAACACUGUAGUGAAGCAUAUUGACCAAACCGUUGUGUCUCUUCAGUUGCCAACUUUAGAAUGUAUUACUAGCAAGAAAGAAAAAAAAAAAGACUGUAUGACAUAGGCGAAGGAUGCAUGGUGGUGCUGUGUAUCCCAGUGCCUACCACGUGAACUCCAUCUACACGAAUAUGGCAAUCGAAGUACUCUUUGUCUUGGCUGCCUAUCCGCUAACACCUCGGAGAGAGGCUCCAUUCUUCUUUUUUUUUUUUGGAAAGUGUCCUCCAAGAUGUUCUGAACCUAAUGCAAGCAUUGCAGAGUGUAUCAAAAACACUGUACACAAGUUUGCUAACACAAAGAUGCUCAGAAGUGUUGUCACACCUUAUGUAUGUUAAACUGGCACUGAAUCAUUGUAUGCCGCUUCAACAUUGGUGUACGGCUCCAUAGGGUAUUAUUUAGCUGUUUUAAUGUGGAAUCAUGCCUUUGUGGAAAUAAUAAUUUUAUGAUGGAUAUUAUGACUGCUAAUAAAAUGAUGCACUUGGAUACCUGUUCUUCUCUGCCUAUUGUAGGGCCAUCUUAUUUUAUUAGUAGCUGCUUCUGUGUUUUCAUAAUCUGACACGCCUUUUUUAUUGUUACAAUUACUGUAUUUUGAUUUGUUUUGCAGUGUUCUGUCCACAGUUGUGCUGCUUAUGUAGAGUUUUUAGUUUUUCUUUAAUUCCCUUACAAUCUUGUGAACAGGCGUGCCAGAGUCUAGUAAAUUUCUCAAUAUACCAGUGUGUGAAUAUGUAAAACCUACAAGGUGUACACCAGUCUUAAGAGUUAUUCAAUCUUGGAUAACAACAUCAGAUGGGUUUAUGUUAUGCUGAACGUGCUUUUAUUUGUAUGAAAUAUGAAAACUGAGGUUCUAAUGUGUCUGCAGACACUUGUGUGUUUUAUUUCUUGCCAGAAUAAUUUGUUGCCGCAAUUUUUUUUUUUUUUUAAUUUUAUUUAUCAGCUGUUUUAAAUUCCAUCUGUAAUUUGUUCCUUACAAUGUGCUUACUUGUGACAAUGAAUAGCUCUCCUGUGGUUUUAAUUUGAAUGUCCGACUGUUUGUAUUUGUUUUGUUAAUACCACCGUCAUAAUAUCUUGUCUUCCAAUCAGCUAACACAAUAAACCACUGUCUUUGUU